CAGAGGAGCUGGCGCCAUUUGUUUUCUGUGUUCCGGUGAAGUUACUGCUGCAGGAAGUUGAUAAACUGAGAGCUUUGGCGAGCUGAGAAACCACAACAUGGAGACAGUGACCUAUGAUGAUGUGCAUAUCAACUUCACCCGGGAAGAGUGGAAUUUGCUCAAUCCUUCCCAGAAGAAUCUCUAUAAAGAUGUAAUGCUGGAAACCUACAAGAACCUCAUUUCUAUAGGAUACAUUGGGGAAGACCAUUACACUGAAGAACAUUGGCAAUGUUCUAGAAGACAUGCAAGUCAUAAAAGAACACAUACGGGAGAGAAAGACUAUGAAUGCAAUCAGGGUGGUAAGGCCUAUGCAUGUCAAACUGAUUUUCAAAAGCAUAAGAGAACAGAUACUGGAGAGAAACCCUAUGAAUGCAAUCAGUGUGGUAAGGCCUAUGCAUGUCAAACUGAUCUUCAAAAGCAGAAGAAAACACAUGCAGGAGAGAAACCCUAUGAAUGUAAUCAGUGUGGUAAGGCCUUUGCUGAAAAUGGUACUCUUCACAAGCAUAAAAGAACACAUACUGGAGAGAAACCCUAUGAAUGUAAUCAGUGUGGUAAGGCCUUUGCAGAUCAGAGUAAUCUUCAAAAGCAUAAAAGAAUACAUAGUGGAGAGAAACCCUAUGAAUGUAAUCAGUGA